GGGCCUGCCUCGGGGGCGGGGCAGGGCGUGGCGGGAGCGGCGGUCCCAUCCCCGGAGCGCGCUGGCUCGGCACCCUGGGGUGCUGGCGGCGCUCCCGGCUCGGCCCCGCGGGCCGCCUCCCCGCCAGCAGCAGCACGGGGGGGUCCGGCCGCCUCGGCCCCCGCCAUCGCCCCUGGCACACGGCCCCGGUAGCGAAGCCGUUGGCGGCGGCCGCAGGUUGCCGGAGCCCGGCCAGCAGCCACGGGCGAAAGCCGCCGCCGCCGCCACCAUCUGGAAGGUUCCGGCUCGCCCGUCCCCCCUGCCGCCACCCCGACCUAUAAAUGCCGGCGGCGGCGCCCGGUGCGCGGCGGGACCGGGAGCGUGAAGUCAUGUUGGGGACCUGGCUGCUGCUCUGGGGGGCCCUGGCCCUGGGCUGCCGGGGUGAAACGGCCUUUCUUCGGCGCGCCGAGGACAGCACCGGGCGUUGCACCUACUCCUUCACGGUGGCCAGCCCCGUCGAGGCCGCCUGCCCCGACGGCGGCGGCGUGCCGGAGCUGCGGGCGGAGCUGGCCGCCCUCGCCUCCCGCCUGAGCCAGCUGGAGAGCCGGGAGCGGGGGGGGGGGGGCUCGGGGCCGCGGGGCGGCGAGCCGGUGGGUGCCCGGGACGCCCAGCAAGUGGCGUACGGCGAGCUGCUGCGGGCCAAGUCCCGGCUGGAGGAGGAGAAGGGGCGGCUGGAACGGGAGAAAGAGGAACUGGGGAGGCGGCUGGAGAGCAGCGCCCGGGAGAUCAGCCGGCUGCGGGCCACCCGCUGCCCCCCCGGCGGAGAGGGGCCCGGCCGUGACACCCUCCGCGCCCCCGGCAAAGCCCCCCGUUGGGACCCGCAGCCCCUCGCUUACCAGGAGCUGCAAUCGGAGAGGACGGAGGUUCCUGCAUCCCGGCUGCUGGAGGAGACUGUGCUCAGCCGCCCAGGGAGCGAGGACUCGGGCUGUGGUGAGCUGGUGUGGGUGGGGGAGCCCGUUGUCUUCGGCCGGGCAGAUUCAAUUGCCGGCAAGUACGGCGUGUGGAUGAAGGACCCUGAGCCUGUCCCCCCCUUCACACGGGAGACCACCUGGCGCGUGGAUGCGGUGGGCACAGAGGUCCGUCAGCUCUUCCAGUACGAGGCAGAUGACCAGCUGGCCCAGGGCUACCCUGCCAAGGUGCACAUCCUGCCGCAGCCCCUGGAGAGCACAGGGGCUGUCGUCUACCGCGGUGGGCUCUUCUUCCAGCCCCGCCGCUCCCGUGCCGUGGCCCGCUAUGACCUUCGGGGAGAGACUGUCACGGCCGAGAAGGAGAUCCCCGGUGCUGGCUACCACGGACAGUACCCCUACUCCUGGGGGGGCUACACCGACAUUGACCUGGCUGUGGACGAGACGGGGCUCUGGGUGAUCUACAGCACCGAGAAGGCCAGGGGGGCGAUUGUCCUCUCCAAGCUGGACCCUGAGACGCUGGAGAUCCGGCGGACCUGGGAGACCAACAUCCGCAAGCGAGGGGUGGCCAACUCCUUUGUCAUCUGCGGCACCCUCUACACUGUCAGCAGCUACUCAGCACCCAACGCCACCAUCAAUUUUGCCUACGACACAGCCACUGGUACUGGCCGAGCCCUCAGCAUCCCCUUCGAGAACCGCUUCCGCUACCUCAGCAUGGUGGACUACAACCCCACCGAGCGACGGCUCUUCGCCUGGGACAGCUUCAAUAUGGUCACCUACCCUGUCCGCCUCUCCCGGCCAUGAGCUGGGGCCGGGAACGUGCCAGCUCAGCCUGUGACCCCACCCCGCGCUCCUCAGCACCCUGCUUUGCUCCCCAGCUCCCCCCGGUGCAGCCAACAGUGCUGGCUCAGGCAGCUCUGGGCAAUGGUGGGGGCCACAUGCUGACCUGCUGCGCUGUGUUGGGGCCACCAGCAUCCCUGCUGGCAUCUCCAGCAACAUCCUGUCAUGCUUGAGUGCAGUGGAGGGAAAUUGCUUCUCUGGAGCCUGGUCAAGCCAGUGAAACGCCUCUCCCUGGCCUCUGUGGGUUUUGGAUGAGCCACAGCAGUACCCAGCCCUAAGCCACCUGAGCAUCCCCCAGGAGCUCCCAGCCCAGCCAUCCCAAAUUUGGAGCAGGAAGGGCUCAGGCACAGCAAAGGUAGGGCAGGUGGUGGAGGUAGGGAGAGGCUGCCCGGGAGGGUCCCACCUAGACAGAAAUGCUUUCCUUAGUUGCAAGCAGCACUCCCCUCUGCAGGGCUGGGGUUUGUGUUUCCAGGCUCUGGCUGAGCAUGAGCACUGCUGCUGCCCCGCAGCAGCAGCACUUUUGGGGAUGCCUCCCCAGCUCAGGCCAGCCUUGCUGAGGAGAUCCAAGCACCUGUGCUGACAACCUGCGAGCCCUGUUGCAUUCAAUGCUGCUGGUGCCCAGGAGCGUCCCAGAGCUCAGCUCCCUUCAAAAAUCAUCUGGCAGGAUUAAGAGCAGUGGGGAAUAGGGACGCUCAGUGCAGAAGCCUUGUUUUAGUGGGGGAAAAAAAAGGCCAAGACAGCAGUGGUGAGGAGCGCUAGCAGAGCAUCCUGCAGCCAAGCAGCCCCUUGGUGUAUCCAGUCCCUCUCGGCCAUGCGCUUCGGCUUUACAGCCAUGCCCGGUCACUGAUGCAGUGUGGCAGCUAUAGCCCUGCCUGGCUGGCAGUGCUCCCCACGGUGGACCAAAACAUGCUGUUUUUAACUAUUUAUUGUAGAAAGUUUGUAGGAGGCUUUUUCUCCCCCCCUGCAGCAUUUGGGGCAGAUGGGGCAGUAGCAGCUGCAUCCCCACCAGGGAAUGCAUGGGGUUCUGGCCCAAUAAACAUUGCCCACUGCC